AUGGGGAAGCCGAAACAACGUAACCUGACGGACGCUAACCGUUCAGACCUUGCUACCCUACAAACAUUCACAAACGACGCCCUUGUCAGUUGUCUCAAGGCACGAUUCGAGCAGAACCGUCAAUAUACCAAGCUUGGAUCUUCUCGCCUUGUUUUCCUCAACUCAUAUAAAGUACUCGCCCAGCACGAUGAUCAGACAAGUCUUGAAUAUGUAGCAGCAUACAAAGAUACUAGCUCUGGGGCAUCAACCAACAAAAUUGCCUUGGACCCGCACCUAUUUGAUCUUGUUAACAAGGCCUAUUUCCAUCUCAGACGUACCGGCACAGACCAGAACCUGAUUGUAUGCGGCGAGUCGGGAGGAGGAAAGACCGAGAUCCGCAAGUUGAUUGUCCGGCACCUAGUACGACUCAGUAGCCACAAGAAAGAAUCCAAAGUACAGACCCAGAUCUUGCAAUCCCUCAGGGUUCUCGAAGCAUUUGGCAGCGCACGCACCCUCAACAAUACCAGCGCAUCCCGUUUUGGUGUCUACCACGAAAUACAGUUCAACGAACGUGGUCGUAUGGUCGGCCAAAAGACCCUGCACUACCUACUCGAACGCUCGCGAAUAACGGGAACCCCUAGCACGACCGGAAGUUUUGAAAGCAAUUUCCAUGUAUUUUAUCAGUUGGUUGCCGGCGCAACCCCCGAAGAACGCAGUGCUUUGGGUCUAGUGGACGACACAUCACAAUAUAGCUACCUAUCAAAGGCAUACCGUCAAACGACUCUCACAAAAGAAGACGAAGUAAACUAUGAAGAGCUCAAGGCCGCCCUGCGCUCAAGUGGAUUCCGAAAAGAUCAUAUUAGUCGCAUCAUGCAGUUGCUUGCCUCUUUGUUACAUCUUGGCAAUCUCAUCUUCAUAGACUCGGUUGGCGUAGACCAGGAAGCUGCCUAUGUCAAAAACACAGAGACUCUCGAACGUGUCUCGGACAUGCUCGGACUCGAUCCGCGCGCUUUAGAAAACGUCUUGGCAUUCAAGACCACAAUGAUUCGCAAAGAUGUCACAACUCUUAUCCUCAACGCAGAGCAAGCCAGUCUUCAGCGAGAUGAACUUGUCAAAGCCCUCUAUUCCAUAUUGUUCUCCUGGCUGGUCGAACGCAUAAACACCAAACUGUGUAAUGAGAAUUUUAGCAGUGUUAUUGGUAUACUUGAUCUUCCAGGCCCUCAGAUGAACGCCCGAACAGCAAGUGGAUUCGAAUCGUUCUGUGUCAAUCUGGCCACAGAGCGCAUUCAGCACUUCAUGACAACCCAGAUAUUUGAAUCUGAAACAGCCAUGGCCUACCAAAGCGAAGGUAUCACGAUGAGCUCGGCUAUCUCAAUGGGUCACAAUGCCGAUUGUCUUGCACUGCUCAACCGACCUUCAAAGGGUAUCUGCAGCCUGAUAAACAGCAUGACAGAGACAAGUGAAAAGGGCAAACGUGGAUUGACGGAUAGCAAUCUUGUGGAAUCCCUAAUCAAGUACAACAGUAAUCAUCUUUGUUUCAGUGCUAAAACGGCUGAUACAAAUGCACGUCAAUUUGCCAUCAAGCAUUUUACAGGACAGGUGAUUUACAACCCCCUGGGAUUCCUUAGUCAGAAUGCAGGUCAGCUUUCGGUAGAUUUUGUUGCCUUGUUUAGAGGCAGUGCCGACAUGGCCCCAUCCUGGAACCCUUUCAUGGUCGACCUUUUCGCCGACCAGAGUCUCUCAACUGAACUUCACCCACGUAAUGAUCAGACCAUAAUUUCCGCACAGCAAUCCGUCAGACCUACUCGCCAGCCAUCCAUGCGUCGCAAUCAAUCCAAAGCUGCACCUACCGAAGAUAGUGCUUCCAAAACCUCUCGUAUGGUCUUGGGCCAGUUACAGUCCGCUAUGGAUGAGUUGGUAGCGGCGUUUGAAGAAACCAAGGUCUGGUCUGUAUAUUGUCUUCGUCCAAACGAGAAUGCCAACCCAACACAAUUCGACAAUAAGCGUGUCGAAGCCCAGUCCGAAGCAUAUGGCCUUGCUUCUGUAGCAGAGAAGGUUCAAAUAGAUUACAGUGAAGUCUACACACACCAAGCCUUCUUGGAUCGUUAUGCUGUUCCUCUUAAUGGCUUUGGCCUUGACUUUACACGUCUUCCACGCGCAAGAUGUGAAUCUGUAGGAGAUUUCAUGGGUUGGUCAGCAGCAGAAAUGGCUGUUGGAACAACAAAGGUUUUCUUAAAUUAUUCAGCCUGGAGAACGCUGGAAGAUCAACUACGAGUUCUUGAAAAAGAGGAUCAACGCAACGCCAAAGAGAGCCAGAACGCAGUAAAUUAUGUCGGAACGGAUGAUCAGUCUGUCAGCUCAGCGGCAGUUAACAAUGCUAACGCAAGCUCGAAUAACCUCUCAACAAGUCACCUUCAGUCUGUAGCAAUGGCAGCUGGACUACCUCCACCUGCUAUACGUCAGCAGGAUGACCAACGCUCAUAUUAUUCCGACGACGACUAUUACCAUCAAGAUAACAAUAGUAGCCGUUACCAGGAUGAAUCAUACUAUUCCGACUCAAACGCAGCUCACUCCCACUCUUAUGGAAACGAGGGCAAAGGUCUCUACGGUAAUGAGCGACCGCAGGUGGAAGAGAUCGAUAUGACAGGCGAAGAUGUACACAAGAUGUCUCGCAGUAGAAAGCAGUGGUUGUUCUUUGUCUGGGCUGUCACCUGGUGGAUCCCAUCUUUUGCUCUUUCUAGCUGCGGUAAAAUGAAGCGCAAAGACGUACGACUGGCUUGGCGUGAAAAAGUGGCUCUGUGUAUGAUUAUUGUAUUACUUUGUGGAUUUGUAGUUUGGUUCCUUGUGUUCUUUGGUGAGAUCGUUUGCCCUAAACAGCAUGUUUUCUCCCAAUCCGAACUCCAGAGCCAUUCGAGUUCAAAGAACGCAUACGUUGCUAUUCGUGGCGAAGUAUUUGAUCUAGCCAACUUUGCUCCCCAUCACUUUCCCACUGAUAUUGUUCCUACCGCUUCUGUAUUAACAUACGGUGGUACAGAUGCCACUGCACUUUUCCCAGUCCAGGUGUCAGACUUGUGCCAGGGUGUAGAUGGUGAAGUAUCACCAUAUGUCUCUCUCGACUAUCAGCUUAAUUUUACGGAUCCCAAUGCCAAAUAUCACAACUUUUUGUAUUCAAGCGGAAGAUAUACCAAGGACUGGUAUUACAACCAGAUCUCCUACCUGCGCAAGUAUUACAAAGUCGGACACAUGGGUGUCGAGCCUAAAGCAAUUUCACAACAGGCUGUCAACCCAACAUUGAUCAACGGUAUACAGUCAACCCGCACCUGGGCAAUCAUUGACAACCAUAUCUACGAUAUCACAUCAUACACCAAGAAUGGUCGCUACUUAUCUGCGCCUCCAGGCGAAGAGGUACCCUCUGGAGCCAGCACAGACUUUAUGAGCUCAGCUGUUGUCGAAUUGUUCCGUCAACAGAGUGGAUCUGACAUCACAAAAUCAUUCAAUUCUCUUCCUAUCGAUUCUGCAGUCAGAGAACGUCAGCUUGUUUGUCUGCGAAACUUGUAUUUCGUCGGAAUGGUUGAUAGCCGUAACUCAGCCAAGUGUCUGUUCUCUACUUACCUGCUACUGAUCAUCACUUGUUUGUUGGCAAGUGUCGUCAUCUUCAAAUUCGUGGCUGCUCUUAGAUUCGGAAGCAACCGUAUGCCAGAAGAAUAUGAUAAAUUUGUCAUUUGCCAGAUUACAUGCUACACCGAAGACGAAGAAUCUUUACGCAAGACGAUCGAUUCUAUUGCGUCGCUCAAAUAUGAUGAUAAACGCAAGUUGUUAUUUAUCAUUUGCGAUGGUAUGAUUAUUGGUAGUGGAAAUGAUCGCCCUACACCCCGCAUUGUGCUGGACAUUCUCAAUGUCGACAACAAUGUCGACCCAGAGCCUCUUUCAUUUAUCUCGGUUGGUGAAGGACAAAAGCAGCACAAUAUGGGCAAGGUGUAUUCUGGACUUUACGAAUGUGCAGGACACGUUGUACCUUACAUCGUGGUUGCCAAGUGUGGAAAGCCCUCAGAGCGACAAAAACCAGGAAACAGAGGAAAGCGUGAUUCCCAGUUGGUCUUGAUGCAGUUCCUUAACCGUGUUUACCAUGAUGCCCCUAUGGUUCCCCUCCAGCUCGAAAUUUUCCAUCAGCUCAAGAACGUCAUUGGUGUAAACCCUACAUUCUAUGAAUAUGUGCUCAUGGUGGAUGCUGAUACCGAAGUGUUCCCAGAUGGUCUCAACAGCCUUGUGUCUAGUAUGGUUCACGAUUCCAAGAUCCUGGGUAUUUGCGGUGAAACUAAGCUAGCUAACGAAAAGGAUACAUGGGUUACCAUGAUCCAGGUAUACGAGUAUUUUAUCUCGCAUUAUCUUAUCAAGUCGUUCGAGUCCCUGUUCUCUACAGUCAGUUGUUUGCCAGGUUGUUUCACUAUGUACCGCAUUCGUACUAUAGACGGAAAGAGACCAUUGUUUAUCAGUAACGAUAUCAUUAAUGAUUACAACAUUAAUCAUGUCGACACGCUCCACCAAAAGAACCUGCUGCAUCUUGGUGAAGAUCGUUACCUGACCACACUCCUGCUCAAGCAUUUCCCAAACUUCAAAACCAAAUUCACAGCCGAAGCCAAGUGUAUGACUAAUGCACCUGAUCUUUGGAGUGUUCUGAUUUCCCAACGUCGCCGAUGGAUUAACUCGACAGUUCACAACCUCGGAGAACUUGUAUUCUUGCCUCGUCUGUGUGGUUUCUGCUGCUUCUCGAUGCGUUUUAUUGUCAUGUUGGAUUUGAUUAGUACUCUUGUGAUGCCUGCCAUUCUUGGCUACCUUGGCUACCUCAUUUACCAGCUGGCUACUGUCGAAGGAGAUCUACCGAUUAUUACUAUUGCCACAAUUGCCGGUACAUAUGGUCUUCAGGCAAUCUUGUUUAUAAUCAAUCGCAAGUGGGAAUACAUUGUUUGGAUGCUUGUAUCUAUCCUGGCUCUUCCUGUAUUCUCGUUCUAUAUUCCACUUUAUUCUUACUGGCAUUUCGAUGACUUCUCGUGGGGUAACACUCGUGUGGUUUUGGGAGAAAAGGGUAAAGCCGUGGUUAUGGCUGAUGAAGGUGAAUUUGAUCCCAAGACAAUCCCUACCAUGACAUGGUCUGAAUACGAGAGCACUCUUAUGGCUGAGGAA